AAACUGCCGAAAAAUAAGCUAAAACAAAAACCCUCUAAGAAUAAAUACUAACAUUGGUGCCAGGAGCUAACACUCCUCCGGCCUAAAGCGGUCUCUGUUCUUGGUUCAGCUCUGCUUCUUCUUGUUCUUCUUCGAUCUCCAUAUAUGCAAACAAGAGAGACACUUAAAUAAUGUUGGGAGUAAAUCUGUUCAGGCGCAAUCCAGAGAUUAUACGCGAAUCUCAGCGACGGCGGUUUGCUAAUGUUGAACUUGUUGAUAAAAUCAUUCAACUUUAUGAAGAAUGGAAAAGCCGUCAAUUCGAGCUGGAACAGUUCCGAAAGGAUUUCAACAAGAUCAACAAAGAAGUCGCCAAACUCAGAAUUGCAGGACAAGAUGCGACUUCAUUGAUUAAAGAUACCGAGGAAAACAAGCAAUUGACUGCGAAGAAAGAAGCACAGGUUCAGGAGGCCCAAAGAGCAUUGCAUUCAAAUCUGAAUCUGGUUGGAAAUAUUGUUCAUGACUCUGUUCCCGUUAGCAACGAUGAGGCAGAUAACGAGAUAGUUAGGAGUUGGGGAGAGAAGAGGGAUGAAGCAAAACUGAGAAAUCAUGUGGAUCUUGUCGAUCUUCUUGGAAUUGCAGACCUGAAAAGAGGUGCUAAUGUUGCUGGUGGUAGAGGAUAUUAUCUAAAAGGAGAUGGUACUCCAUUCUUCAUGAGAAAAGAUAUCAUGGCCAAAUGUGCUCAAUUAUCACAAUUUGAUGAAGAACUCUACAAGGUAACAGGUGAAGGAGAUGACAAAUACUUGAUUGCUACUGCUGAACAGCCACUUUGUGCUUAUCACAUGGAUGAUUGGAUCCAUCCAACACAGCUGCCAUUAAAAUAUGCAGCAUAUUCAUCUUGCUUUCGUAAAGAAGCUGGAUCACACGGGCGUGACACUCUUGGGAUUUUUCGUGUUCAUCAGUUUGAGAAACUGGAACAGUUCUGCAUCACCAGCCCUAAUGAUAAUGAUUCAUGGGACAUGCAUGAAGAAAUGAUGAAAAACUCAGAGGAGUUUUAUCAGAUGUUGAAACUUCCAUAUCAGGUAGUGUCUGUUGUUUCUGGUGCUUUAAACGAUGCUGCUGCAAAGAAGUAUGAUUUAGAAGCAUGGUUUCCUGCAUCCAGUACUUACAGAGAGCUUGUUUCGUGCUCAAACUGCACUGAUUAUCAAUCAAGAAAACUGGAGAUUAGAUAUGGGCAAAAGAAGAGUAAUGAGGAGACAAAGCAGUAUUGUCAUUUAUUAAAUUCUACCCUCACAGCAACAGAGAGGACUAUAUGCUGUAUACUUGAGAACUACCAGAAAGAAGAUGGUGUUGAAGUGCCAACAGUGCUACAGGGAUUCAUGGGUGGCAAGACUUUCUUGCCUUUUCAAUCCACUGUUAGAUACUUGUUCAACAUGCAGAUUGGAGGAUUGUUGGGAAGACACAAAUGGUAACAUAGGCAAUGAGGACGGUGAUUAACAAUUAUAGGAGAUAGUUCAAUGGCUGCAAGGUUUUCCAUGGUCUAAUUGGAGUCCAAACAACAUAACACAAAUAAACCACUUUUCUGAUAUGAAAAAUGUUGAAAGCUAUAUUAUUCUUUAUGUCUAGUCUAUUUUUAUCAAACUCGGACCAAGUAAGAGACAGUUUUGCUAGUUAAAUAGCUGUUACGAUUGUUUUAAUAGAAACUUUGAUUUGGUGUAAACACAAUUUCAAACCUUAUUUUUAAAGAAAGUUAUCUCCGC